UUUUCUUCGAAGGUUUUUCAGUUGAGUAAUAGAUGAUUUAUUUUGAUUGUGAUAUUGCAUAUUGGUAUUUUUUUGUUACAGGUAUUCCUUUACUUACGAUGAGGUUACGUUCCGAGACUUUAGUCGAAAGUCCAAUUGAACGCCCUUCCAUGAAAUCCUGGUCUUGCUACCGAUGCAGCAAACGAUACGUAUGGCGGGACUCUUUGGCGAAACACCUGCGGGUAGAAUGCGGGAAAGACCCUACUUUUGAAUGUCCGAUCUGCGGAAGGAAAUUCAAACACAAGCACCGAUGGCAAUCGCAUGCUAGACUGAUUCAUCAUAUUUACGAAACAACAACAGAAAUUCAAACUUCGAACAAGGACUGAUGAUUUGCCCGAAUUGCAACAAAACUUGCUGUUAUAGUCAUCUGAUAACCGCAGAAUGCCUAAAGGAACGUAAAUUUGUCUGUCCAAAAUGCAAUAGAGGCUUCAAACGGAAGUAUCACAUGCAAAGGCAUAUAAGUUCUUGUCACAAAUUCAACCAAUUAUACUAACUCAUUACCGAUCAAAAAUUUCAAAUCGGAUUUUAAUUUUUAUUUCGACUAUCAUAUUUUUAUCUUUAUUGUAUAAAAAAAUAAAUACUUGUUUACUUUGUACCUAAUGAAAUGAAUUCCUUAUAAUCCAAAAAUUUGUUUGAUAGUUACAUUUCUUCUCAAAGAGAGAGAGAGAAAGAGAGACACAAUAAAAAUGUACACAUAUCAUUUGUAGGCUAUAUCUGAUGUUAUAGUUAAUAUAAAACAAUAUGCAUACUCUGCGUAUAUAUUUAUACAUCAUGUUAUUCCAAAAAGUUAUAAAAAAAUUACUUGAAAUAUGGUCAUCUUGUGGAAUAUGGUCAUCCACCAAGUGCAUCACGAGUGUCGCAUGUCGCAAUUAUCACGUAUAAUUAUUUUAAAAAGUUUUAAAAUUUAUU